GCUCGCGGGCGGGGUGGAUUUAACCCCGGAGCGCCUCUGGCUGGAGGCGCGGUCGGGCGCCGGUGCGCGCAGAGGCCCCAGUCGCCCAGCCGCCGCCACCUGCCCCGUGACCAUGAUAGUGUUCGUCAGGUUCAACUCCAGCCACGGCUUCCCGGUGGAGGUCGACCGCGACGCCAGCAUCUUCCGGCUCAAGGAGGCGGUUGCUAAGCGACGGGGGGUUCCAGCCGACCGGCUGCGGGUGAUCUUCGCCGGCAGGGAGCUCAGGGAUGACUUGACCGUGCAGGAGUUUUUCUUUAAAUGCGGCGCACACCCGACCUCGAACAAGGACACGUCGGUGGCCCUGAACCUCAUCACCACCAAUAGCCGGGACAUCGCCUGCAUCGCCUGCACGGACGUCAGGAGCCCGGUCCUGGUCUUCCAGUGCAGCGACCGCCACGUGAUCUGCCUGGACUGUUUCCACUUAUACUGCGUGACGAGACUCAACGAUCGGCAGUUCGUCCACGACCCUGAGCUCGGAUACUCUCUGCCUUGUGUGGCAGGGUGUCCUAAGAGGUUGCUGGAGAAAUGUCAUAAUUUUAGAUUAAUAGGGGAGCAGCAAUACAACCGGUACCAGCAGUAUGGCGCCGAGGAGUGCGUGCUGAAGAUGGGGGGCGUCCUGUGCCCGAGCCCCGGCUGUGGGGCGGGGCUGCUGCCCCAGCCAGGAGAGAGGCAGGUCACGUGUGAAGGGGGCAACGGCCUGGGCUGCGGGUUAGCAUGGUGCACAGACUGCAGGGAGGCCCUACACGAAGGCGAGUGUCCGUCUGUGUAUCGUGCAGACACCAGCUUGACUCAAGCCUACAGGGUGGACGCGGAGGCAGCAGAGCAGGCCCGGUGGGAGGAGGCCUCCAGGGAGACCAUCAGGACCAUCACCAAGCCGUGUCCCCGCUGCCGUGUGCCCGUGGAGAAGAAUGCAACGUCCAUGACAUCAGGCAAAUGGCAACGAGGGCAGACUCUGACAAAGCGAAGCUAAGGGCACGUCAGGAGGAAGCUGGUCCCGACAUGGUUCAUGACAACCAUCCAGCUGUCUAGUUAAAAAUGCGCAAUCUGGGCCCUCCCGCUGGCGCAACACACACAGCGCUGACUGAGAAG